AUGCCCUGGCUCACAGAGGAAGCGUUCGGCUCCCCCUCUGUGCACCGCUGCCCCCCUCGCCCCGUCCCCGCAGCCACCACGGGCACCCCGUCUCCCCCCAGGCUGCUGCAGCAGGGGGAACCCCAGCGAGCUGCCCGCCCGGCGGGGGGGCUCCGGCUCUUCCAGCGGGGGCACCAGCGACACGACCGCCUCGGCCUCUUCGAGAUCGGCCCCGAGCACGAGUUCUCCCUCCUGACCUGCCGGCUGCGCGCGGGGCUCAGCGCCGCCACCCAGGUGGCCACUGACCACCCGCCCGCGGUGAGAGCCCUCCCCGCGCCCACCCGGGGUCCUGCACUGCCCCCCUGGGGGCACACUCCCCCCCAUGUCCCCCCGCCCCAGGACACCCCCUGCGACGGCGACUGCGCGGCAGUGCUGAGGCAGCCCCGCGAGGUAGGAGCCGUGGGGGUGCCCCUGCGCUCCCGGCCGUGCCGCGGCUCACCGCGUGUGCCGCUGCCGCCGCAGGGCUUCGAGCUGCACACCUACGCCGGGCCGGCCUUCGCCCGCCUGCGGCGCGCGCUGGGGCUGCCGGAGGAGCAGUACCAGGCGGCGCUGAGCUCGCGGUACUUCCAGUUCGUCAGCAACUCCAAGAGCAAGGCCCGCUUCUUCCUGACGCAGGACGGACGCUUCUUCCUGAAGACGCAGACGAAGCAGGAGAUGCGCUUCCUGCUUGCCAGCCUGCCCCGCUACCUCCGGCACCUCGAGGCGUUCCCCCACUCGCUGCUCGUCCGCCUGCUGGGUGGUGUCCAUCUGUCCUUGGUGCCUGGUGUCUGUCUGUCCUGGGGAACGCGGUGUCCAUUUGUCCUGGGGAACAUUGUGGCUGUCCUUGGUGCCUGGUGUCUGUCUGUCCUGGGGAACGUGGUGUCCGUCCAUCCCUGGUGCCCGGUGUCCAUCUGUCCGGCGCCUUCCCCCCCACGCCGGGCUGGCUGUCGGGACGGAGCCGCUCGCCCCCCCCGCAGGUACGACAUCAAGGGCUGCCGCGUGGACCGCUGGGCCGAGCCCGCGACCGCCGUGGUGUCGAAGGACCUCAACUCCGAGGGCAAGUCCCUCGUCCUGGGCGCCCAGCGGCCGUGGCUGCUGCGGCAGCUGGAGCUCGACAGCCGCUUCCUGGAGGAGCUGCGGGUGCUGGACUACAGCCUGCUGCUGGCCGUGCAGCCCCUGCUCCCCGACGGGCGCGCGGCACGGUGAGUGGUGCCCGGUGAGGGGGCAACGGGCUGGAGCCCCCCCCGUGUCCCUGCUCCCCAGAACCAGCGCCCGCUGCCCGGCGGCAGCAACCCCCUGCACUGCAUCGACGGGCCGCAGCGGCGCUACUCGGGGGGGGGGCUGGUGGAUCUCUUCACCGCCUACACCUUCCGCAGGCGCCUCGAGCGCCUCUGGAAGAGGAUCCGCUACCGGGACGGGUCCUUCUCCACCCUGCACCCCGCUGCCUACGCCCGGCGGCUGUGCCGGUGGGUGGAAACGCACAGCGAGUGACGGCCGCGCUCGGGGCCCGCCUAAAACCCCAUUCCUGCACCAGAAGCUGAGCGGAGAUGUAUUGUUUGGGGUGUGGACGGAGGGCACCUGCCACCCGCUCGCCUGCCCAGAAGUGUCCCCAGAAAUGCUGCCCUGCCCCGGGCUGAGCCUCGUGGGGCUGCGUGCCCGCCCCAGGGCGUUCGGCUCCCCGUGGGAUAAGCGGGGAAUGCCGCGCUGCAAAGGGCAGCGGCCCUAAAAAUAACCCUGCGGGAGCAGCCGGCAGCAUCACGAGGUGGCCGUGCUCCGGCCCAGGCUGAAGGUCAGGGCGCUGGGUGUGCCCCGUGCGGCUCGAGGUGCCCUCAGCACCGCGCUUUGUGCCUCAGU